CCAGGCUUUCAGUCCGAAAACAGAUCGAUGGCAUCGGACAUGAAGAGCGUAGCGCUUCCCUUCGAGAUCCUGAGCAAAAUACUCUUGCUUUGCAUACCGGAGGACUACUGGGAUGUACCUCCUACAUUGCAUCCAUCAGAAUGUCCUUUGCUAUUGACGAGGGUCUGCCGCUUCUGGCGGGAUGUGGCACUUUCCACGCCUCGUCUUUGGUCCUGUCUUGACCUACCUGGAAUCGAUGACCAGACGAUCGUACCCCGCCUUCAUCGCUGGCUGCGUCUUUCUUCUACACAUCGCAUGACCAUACACGCAUCCAUAGACAAAGCGAACAUGUCGCAAGACCGAGAGGUCGAGUACGUCAGAGAACUUUGCUCUCAAGCCGAACGAUGGCGUGUCGUUCGUCUUCACCUCGCACAUGCACAAUCAUCCGAGACCCUAUCAUCUGCACUGUCCGGUUCAACUCAUUUAAUUCCCCCUCCUCCUUCACUUCCUGCCUUGGAGAUCUUUGAAUUGAAGGUCCCGUUUCUCGGCGACGAAGUUCACGAGGGUACCGGACACGGUGCAAUCAAUCAUAUCCCUUUCCUUACUGCGCUCUCCGAGAGCCCAAACUUGUUCUCUCUCACACUCACCGAUUGGUUGCCUACCCUUACGUUUUCGCCCAACUUCCUACCAUCAGGCCUGUCAUCCCUACGCCUCUCUUUUAGCGGCCGAUCCUCGUUUAAUGUCGACUGGUUCGUUGAAUGCCUGUCUGGCUGCACAGGCCUCUCAGACCUCGACCUCGAUGUUCCAUACAUCGAAGACUUCAUCGAUACUCGAGCCGACGAGGAACCCCUUCCACUACCCAGUCUCAUUCGCCUCAAACUUAACGUAUCAAAGCAUGUCUCAUUCGCGCACGUCGUCAGCCCAUUCUCGUUUCCCAAACUGGAAACCUUAUCACUCACCGUCCGCGAAGACUUCAACGAUCCUUCGUUCUUCUGGCAUGUAUUUGACGAUCUCGUCGCAUGCUGCGAAGAUUCCCUUCGGAACCUUUUCCUUUUUGGGCAUGACCUUGUUUUCAACCACGAUAGCUACUGGAGCGAUAUCGGUCCCAGUCUGAGUAACAUCCGAGUCCUGCUCCUACAUGGUACCCUCUGUUCCGACCAUGUGGGAGAUUUGCUGGAGGAGUUUACGAUUCGUCAUCACGACAACGGUCAGGUUGCUCCGGACCAAAAUCUCGUUCUCAUGAAAGUCUCCGUCGAGGUCAGAGACGCAGCCGUCGAGGAAGCCAAAACAUUCUACGAGGUCGAUCCUAGCAUCAGGGAGUCCAUUAUUGAGGAUAGCUUUUACUUCUUUCGAUGCCUCGUCACGAUGUCCCGCUCCCGAGCCGAAUAUGCUACUGCGGUCAACUAUUAUCCGUCGUUCAGGCUGUACCUUGGAUCGAAUGUUAUGGAGGUGUGGAGCAUAUGUUACUUAGAGAUGAAGCAGUGGGCAAUGGUUGAUGAUCUAGAGGAAUGGGAAUCCGUCUCCGCGUUUUUCGACGAGCUUGAGGUGUCCAACAAACCGGCAGUUUGGCCGAACCGUAUCUCGAUGCCGUGUGAAUAG